UUACGAACUCACGGGCAUCAGUGUAAAGUCACGAGUCGCACAGAGCACGGCCUGGUCCUUUUUGAUCAUGUGUACAAGUCGUUUACAGUACCUCGACUCGCCGCCUGUUACAGCGCGUGUAAUAUCGAGCCUUCUUGCCAGAGUUUGAACUACAAGCUUGCUGACAAGAUUUGCCAGUUUAAUAAUCAAACGCGGCGUUCCAAACCCGAAAAACUGAAGUUCGACGAGAGCUUCAUUUUCGCUGAGAAUCCAGAUCGUGGUACGUUUUUCUUUUUUCUCCAACUUUCUAGUACUAGAUGUCUUCAUUUUCUUUGCCUAAUAUUUGCGUUCAAUCUUAGCUAUGUUCGGAUCUUCCGUAAAUGCUGCUAAGUCUUGCCAACAUAUUUUGGAGGUAGGAGAUUCAAUGGGAAAUGGAGAAUACUGGAUCGACCCAGAAGGGAAUGACAAUCCAUUUAAGGUGUUUUGUGAUAUGAACACCGAUGGAGGUGGGUCUGUGAUAAUUUGUUUCCUUACCCUAUCUAGUACUUGUUGGUAUUUAUGUUUGAUUGUUUUGUUCUUUUCUGUUUUUUUUUCAUUAUUGUUAUUAUUGUAAAGUCUAUAUUUUCUUGACUUCGAUGACUAAAGGGUUAGACCAGAGCAUCAAAACUUGGUAAAGAAAUAUAUGUUCAUGGAAGUUUUGGGUAAAAAGUAUAGAAUAAUUAGCACGAUUUGUUUCCCAUUUUAAAUCACAUUAUUCCACCCACAAAAAUACAAUCGCCAUUUUAUUAUUGAGAAUAAGGUCUUCUCGUUGUCCCCUUUAUUUUAGUGAAGCUUCCGUUCUUCUUUUUGGCCUCAGUUUUUGUUGCAGUUGAUGUUUGUUUGUUUGUUUGUAUCCUUUUUUUUGUGGAACGCCGUUAAUUCUACCAUUGUUGAGCCACGAACUUCUGGUCCUAUUGACGGGUGGUUGUAUAGAUGGUUUUCACUGUGACGUCAUCAAAUUGUUAAGUCGAAAUAGCGAGGUUUUACGAAUUCUUAUUUACACCAGGUUGAAGAUAAACAAAAAGUAAAUCUUUGUACAAGUUUCCAUUCCCGUAGCAUGUUUCAUUUCGAAAAUACAGCAAUUUGAACUUCGAGUUUUCACAGUGCGUGACACCAAAAUAGGAAUGCUGUCUCGCUGAAAAAAAAGUCUCUCCUCUUGACUUUCAGCAAUAUAACCACUUCAAGUAUUAGAAGAUAUGUUUAUGCGAACGCACGCUAGUUCUCGAGUGAAAAGAAAGAGUUUUCAUAGAAAAAGUAAACUCCAGAUGUUUUUGUUGAUUUCCAGCGGCCAUAUAUAUUGGUGCACCGAAACGGUGCACCAAUAUGGCGUCUCCAUAUACAAAGCUCUACAAAGGUGCGUGAAACGUUUCGCCAAAUAACUCAGAAACUGUGGGUCACAAAGACCUGAGACUUGGCGAAAUUGUUUAUAUAUUAGUCUUUUAGAACAUUUCAUUUUCUUGGUUUCUUCCACAGGACGGUUUCCAAUUUAUUUUUUUGUUGCGUGACAGUGAAAACGAUCUAUUAGCGUGGUGUCAGAUAAGAAAAUGACUACGUUUAUGUCAGAAAAAUGUGGUCUUUAUGAAAAGGUGGCUAUGAAAGGGUGUGUUUGUGUUCUUGGUAUAUACGAAAAAAAAAAACGGUUGUGGUUUUGUGAUAUCCGUAAUAACGAAUAACCAAGGUUUCGGUAAGUGUUAUGACUCCUUGAUUAUCCAGUAUACUACAAAAACCGAAUGUGAUGUUUUGAAGAAAAUAACUGCAAACACACCGUCCCACGGAACAAGUAUUUUGACAUCGCUCAUGAAAAUCAUGCGCAACCUACAGAUAAGUCCAAUUACAGUCUAACCUCUCCUAACGGACACCUCUAUAAUACGGACACCUCUGUAUUACGGACAGUUCGUUUGGUCCCAGAAAUGCCAAAAAUCAUGCAUUCCCUACCUCUAUAAUACGGACACCUCUGUGAAGCGGACACUGGGUUCUGUCCCUUUGAUGUCCGUAUUAAGGAGGUUUGACUGUAUUAUACACUGAACUCACCAUCUGCCUCCUCUUUGGCUAAAAGCCUACGGCUAAUUUUGGAAAUCAGCACAACCUACAGUUUAGUUAGUUAUCUGCUGCAUCAGUUUAUGUUCCUUGCGAGGGAGUGUUUGUGGUUAUUUUCUUCAAAACAAUGCAUUGUAUAAUAAAAAAAAAUUAUUAGAUUCGGGUUUUGGUUAUAUCGUAAAUAAUCAAGGUCUCGGUAAGUGUUAUCAGCCUCGGCUUUCGGCUCGGCUGAUAACACUUACCUCGACCUUUAUUAUUCUAGAUAUCAUAGAAACCACAUCCAAUAAUUGUUUAUUAUCUGCAAACACAUAACUAACUAACUUGUAGGAUAUAUGUUAAUUUCCAAACUUAACUGUAGGCUUCUUGCUAAUGAGACGACAGGAAGUGAGUACAAUUUAUAAUAAUUAAUGUAAUGUCCUUUUUUAUUAUUAUUAUUAUUUUAGGUGGUUGGCUUAUGGUUGCAAACUUUGUUAUUGAAGACCCUUCUUCCCUGCCAAGCUGGCAGGCCGAAUCUACUUACCGAGGAAUCAGUCACUAUGACAACAACCAUAUGGGGAUCGAGGCGAACGCAAUGAAUCAGUUAAGAGCGCAUUUGCGAUUUAAUGAGCUUCGAUUUCAUUGCAGUAAAAACGGCAGAAGGACAUUCCAUGUGAAAACAACUAUCGACGGUAAAGGAGAAGCGGUGGUAAGUUACUUCAGUACUCAAAUUAACAUCUUACCAGCGUCGUGCAAUUCUUACGUUCGCCUCGAAGGAGAUAGUUCCGAACUAGCUUCACGCUGUGCUGAUUGGGCAAAUGGCGGAAAAUGGGGUCAUUCAAGGGAUAAUGGACAGCUGCGCCUAUUAAACUACGUGGCUUAUAUCCCAAAUCAGCAUCACUGGUUUGUCGGCAUGUGGCUAUGUGAUGACGAUGACUCAGAUUCUAUCUUGUCCCGUGGGGAUUUCUGGAAGGUCUAUGUCCGCUGA